AUGUCGACGCCGCCCGCCCCCAAGACAUGCUCCCCCGCGGCGACGGCCUCCUCCUCGUCCUCGCUGGGCCCGCCGCCCCCCGACGUCGAUGUCUCGGGCCUCGACGGCCUCUCCCUGGCCGAGCGCAAGUGCGCCCUCGUCGACCGCGAGCCCGACGCCCAGGGUAUGGGCCGCUACCGGUGGUACGUCUGGGGCCUCUGCAGCUUCGGCUACUUCCUCGCCCUGCUGUGGGCCCAGGCCUUUGGCCUCCGCCUUCCUCGUCCUCGCCGCCUUGUCGGUUUCGGCGUCGGCGGCAACAUCCCCAUCGACGGCGCCAUCUUCCUCGAAUUCAUCCCCCAGCGCCGCCGCUUCCUCCUCGCCUGCCUGUCCGUCUUCCAGCCCGCCAGCGUCAUCGUCUGCAGCGCCCUGGCCUUCGCCUUCAUCCCCGGCAACUCGUGCGCGCCCAACUUCCCGUGCUGCCCGCGCGCCGACAACAUGGGCUGGCGCUACCUGCUCUUCACCCUCGGCGGCCUGACCCUCGCCGUCUUCUUCAUGCGCACCCUCGUCUUCACCUGCCAGGAGACGCCCAAGUUCCUCAUCUACCGCUGCCGCGACGCAAAGGCCAUCGAGACCAUGGCCCACGUCGCAAAGACCAACAACACCCGGUGCCGCCUCACCCUCGACGUCUUUGACUUUGUGCAGCCCCAGCACGACUGCCACCAGGUCCGCUCCGAGCUGAGCCCCCUAUCCUCGACUUUGGCGGCUUCACUAUUGCCGGCUUCUACCUCCCCGCAUCCUGGCCUUCAAAACGGCGCAGCUUCCAUCGGCCUCGAGCACACCUACGCCUCGUACAUCUACUACUACGGCCCCGGCAUCGUCGCCGUGCUACUCGGCGCCUUUGACUCGCGCGUGCCGGCCAUUGGGCAAAAGUGGACCAUGGUGGCCUCGGCGGCCUGCAUGGGCGCCUCCAUCUUCCUGCUCUCCCAGGUCGACACCCCCGCCAAGAGCGAGGGCUUUUUCGUCCUCGAGUACUUCUUCCAGUCCAUGUUCAACGCCUCCUUGUACGGCCGCUCCGAGGCCGGCGUCAACGCCGUGCUGUACCUGGCCGGCAGCGUGAGGCUGGGCUGCGUCUUGACCACGGCGCUGUUGCCCACGCGUAUCGUGGAGGAUUACUCGGACAGGGGCUCCAAGGCCCACAAGGUCGUCCCGGCACAGCCUUGA